CACAGCGAAGACCGCGCUGCCUCUCAGCCUCCCGACUGCACUUUAAUCUCACCCUCACAGACUGCACCUCCGAUGUCGUUGAAAGUGUCUCUAUUUGAGACUUUUGGGGGAUUUAAAUGACUUGCGAGAAACCGCACAAGCAAUUGAUCACUGACUCUCUGCUCUUUUGUCCGCUUUAAUAGGUUCACGUUCAAUCCGACAGAAGAUGAGAGCGAGUCUUUUCUACUGAUGCAGUAAAACACACGAGUUUUCUUCUUUAUGCAGAUCGUUUAAUGCGCCAUCAGACUUUGGAAACAGAAGAAGGAGGAGAAGGAUCAGUUCCGUACACGACGAUAAAGGUGGAGGUUGUCAGCUGAUUGGAAUCGAUCUCUCUCUCUCCACUCAUGAAGGGCAUGGAGAUGUUGCGCCGCUCCUCAGUGUUUGCGGCUGAAGUCCUGGAGGUGUUUGACCGCUCUCCCACGGAUAAGGAGCUCGUGUCUCAGUCUAAAGUCUUGUGUAAGGAUUACAUUCAUUCCAGACUUCAUCGGGCUGAAAUCGGAUUGUCUAAACCAGAGCAGGGAUCUGGAGGAACACUGGCUGAGGUGUCUUCAGUUCUUCUGUGGUUGGGUGAUGAGCUGGAGUACCUGCGACCCAAUGUGUACUGCAACGUAGCAAGACAGCUCAACAUCUCGAUUUCUUCUGAGAGUAUAGUCUCUGAUGCCUUUUUGGCUGUCGCUGCAGAAAUCUUCUCUACAGGUGUAACAUGGGGGAAGAUUGUGUCUCUGUAUGCCGUGGCCGGAGCUCUGGCUGUGGACUGUGUUCGGCAAGGGCAUCCAGCGAUGGUGCACACCAUUGUCGACUGCAUGGGCGAGUUUGUUCGCAAGAGCCUAGUGUCAUGGUUAAAGAGGAGAGGAGGCUGGGUGGACAUUACAAAGUGUGUAGUCAAUACAGAUCCCAGUUUGCGUUCUCAUUGGCUGGUGGCAGCUGCCUGUGCCUGUGGUCACUUCCUCAAGGCUGUGGUCUUCUACCUGCUGAGAGAAAAAUAAAGAGCAGCACAAACAAGUGACGAACAGCUGGACACUCCCAAAACUGGCAGAAGGGGUUCCUAGUCAAUGCUUAAGCCUUUCACUGCUCAUGAUGUGUUUACACUUGCACAAAGUUUGCACUUUUCCUUUAAAGGAUAUUCUUGCGCUCCAAGAUGAAACAAUAUAUUUAAGGCUUUGUUAUGUGUUUAACCUGGGCUCUUGCACUCUUGGCAUUCCUUGCUGUUUCCAAUUUUAUUGAACCUAAUGCUGAUAUGUAAAACACCAUGUGUGGGACAAAGCUGAGAGGAAGCUAUCGUGACCUUUGUAUUGAAAUAGUGUUCAUGUACAUGAACAAUGCUGCCUAGACCAACUUUUCUUGUCAGAAAGUUUCUCUGAUUAUUAUUA